AAGAAAAAAAGAAAAAAGAGAAGGUAGCGUGAAAGUGAUCAAACCAUAGUCGGAGAGUAGUCUUUAUUUUGGUAAAACCAAAUCAAUGAUUUUGUUUAGAUCUCUCAUUCAUCCGUUCAUUCUCUCCCUCUUUUUCUCUUUCGAUCUAAGUAAUCUCCUCCCUCUCUCGCUGUUGUGUUCAACACCAGUCUCAAAGCGCCGACAAAUUUUCUCCAUACAUUUACCUUCGAUCUGUGUUUCCCUCCCCUCAACAUCCCACAUUAAUUCCCUUUCCACUUCCCAACUCACUCCCUUCCCAUUUCUGCCUCCUUUUUUUUCUCAAUUCUGCUUUUCCUUUAUCUUAUCUUAUGAUAUGGUUUCUCAACUUCCAACCUAGGGUUUCUCUCUGCCAUGGCAACCUCUCAAACUCCUAGCUGGCGGGAGGGCAUGUCCUCUGAUAAUAUCAAGGGCUUGAUUCUUGCUCUUUCUUCCAGUUUUUUUAUUGGUGCUAGCUUCAUUGUUAAGAAAAAGGGCUUGAAGAAAGCCGGCGCUUCUGGAGUCAGAGCAGGAGUUGGAGGCUAUUCUUACCUAUAUGAGCCUCUUUGGUGGGUCGGCAUGAUUACAAUGAUUGUUGGAGAAAUUGCUAAUUUUGCAGCUUACGCAUUUGCUCCAGCUAUACUAGUUACCCCACUUGGUGCUCUUAGCAUAAUUAUCAGUGCAGUGCUUGCACAUAUUAUAUUGCGGGAGAGGUUGCAUAUUUUUGGAAUUCUUGGCUGUGUUCUGUGUGUAGUGGGUUCCACAACCAUUGUGCUCCAUGCUCCUCAAGAACGUGAAAUUGAAUCUGUUACUGAAGUGUGGCAAAUGGCCAUGGAGCCUGCCUUUUUACUGUAUGCAGCAUCGGUUAUGACAGCUGUGUUUAUACUUAUAUUCCACUUUAUACCACAAUAUGGCCAGACUCACAUUAUGGUUUACAUUGGUGUAUGUUCCCUUGUAGGAUCUUUAUCGGUCAUGAGUGUGAAAGCAAUAGGAAUUGCCUUGAAGCUAACGCUAUCAGGAAUGAACCAGCUAAUAUAUCCUCAGACCUGGAUAUUUACUUUAGUUGUGAUUACUUGUGUGCUUACCCAAAUGAAUUAUUUAAACAAGGGCAAGGAUGUCCCUAGAAAUAUUUGGCUUGAAUGUAACAAGAGAGUGCUCCCAGAUCAAUGAGCAUGUAUGGCAGGAGCACGAAGUCAAUGAAACAUUGAUAUGGCAGUGGAGUCUUUUAAUGAUCUCGUGAUGUUAAAAUUAUAUGAAGGAAUUGGUGAAGGGUUGGUGUCUCCGGUGUUUAAGAUUGUCUUUUUUGAUCUCUCACAACUGUUGAGCAAAUUUGCACUUCUCCUUUCAUCUGUUUAUCAUUAUUUUUUUUAAUAAGAAACAUAACUUUCAUUGUCAAAAGGAGAAUACUAAGGAGGGAGAGAUGAGAUAUCCCCAUAAAACCAAUAGGUUACCAAAAAAAAGCCAGACUGGUGUAGAUAUGAUUUAGGCUAUAAUUACAAAAUAAUUAUUAGGUAGACAACCGUGGAGAAGCAAAAAAAGUGACAAGAACUCAAAAGAUGGCCAUAUUUUGUUCAUAGCCACGAAGGAUCCUUGAGUUUCGUUCAAAUCAAAGCCUCUAGAGAAGGGCAAAGACCCCAUUAGACCAAAGGAGUUUCAACUGAGCACGAAACUUGGGGCCUUCAAUCUGCUAAAGACGACCAUCAGAGGCUUUGCUAAGCCAAUACCUAUGCAAAUUGAGCAAGCUAAAUAACCUUCCCCAACAAUCCGCAACAAAGGGGCAUAAAAAGAAAAGAUGCAUCAAGGACUCCCGACUUUUACAAAGAACACACGAAUUAGGGAAGAUAGCAUAAUUUUGCAGGGCUCUUUAGAUUCUACAACAAGUAUUCAGCCUUUCAAAGGAGAAAAUCCAUAGGAAAACUGUUAAACCACCACCAUUAUUUACUUAUAAUAGAAGAAAGAAAAAAAUAAAGAACGUGAGGAACUACUUACAGUUAUUUAAAAAGAACCACCUACACUUUAAUUUAAAAAUGACAGUUAUUUUAUUAAGGAAGUUAAAUCAAUGAGAAGGGGAUGGAAAAAGAGGGGAGUUUUUGGAGUGAAGGAAAAGGUCUGCAAUACUCCAGUGAAAGACAGGGGAAGCAGAAGACUGGUGUUCUAUAUUCUGGUUUGCUUAUUAGUAUUUUGUUUUUGUUUUGUCGUUUGGAAUUUUGGGAGGUUUUCUUUGUUUGAUGUUUCUGAAUUAUAUGUAACGUGACUCAUCUUUUGAGGUUCGCGGUUUGCUUAUGCUGUAAGUUGUGUUUGAAUUAUCAAUAUAACAGAAACACUACAUCAGUGUUCUAUCAAAGACUUUGACCUUAGGACACUUGGCUUUCCAUGUAAGAUCAGAGCUUUGUCUGUUCAAGGCAACUUUUUUCACAAUCGGCUUGGGAGAAAAAGACCUAACUGCAAAGAAGCCAUUGUUUUCCCACAUCCACAAGAUAACUUCAUCUCUAUUAUUAGGCCUGAAGGAUUGGAGCUUGGUCAUAAGAUCGACCCACAUCAAUAAAAUUUCUUCUGAACAUUUUAAAGUCCCAAACGCAGAAGGAGUUAGAGUUAGACCACCAAUGACUGACCACAGAGUCCUUAGCAAUCAUGAUUCUGUAAAGUCUAGGGGAAAUUUCGUGCAAAGGGGGGAGUCAAUGAGACAUUCAUCUCCCUUGUUGUUUGUUUUUUUCCUUUGCUUUUUGUACUUCCACUCAUCUCAAUAGAAGAGACUUCAUUGGCUCCUUUAUUCGUGUUUUAUGUAUUAUUUGGGAUGUUUAUUUUUUCUUUCCAUGAUCUUCUCUGUGUUUUCUUUUUCUUUUCUUCCUUUGAUCUAUCUGCAGGAAAAGAAACCACACAAAUGAGAACCAUUACCUAAACAUCUCAAUAUCUCCUAGUCAGUUCCUUCUAGUUCCCUGGGAGUAAUAGUUUAGCAGUAUUUGCUUUGUUCUUUUAAAGAUACUUACACUCAUAUGGAUUGUUUGAGGUGUUUUCUGUCAAAAAUUCUUAAAGUCCCAUUUGGCUUGGGGUCUCCUUUCCUCUCAAAAGGGUUUUUUUUUUUCAAAAUCUUCUUGUCAUUUGCGGUGUAUUAGUCAGUUUUUUUGCUUUGUUUUUUCUCUCUUUGGUCUGGUUUAUUUUGGUUUGGUUUGUUUCUUAGUUUUUUUAGGGCUCUACCUUUUGGCCUGGUUUUCUCAAUAGUUGUGUUUGUCUCCCAUAUUUAUUUUAUACUUGGAGAUCUUGUACUGUGGAGUAUUAGUUACUUUUCAUCAUAUCAUUGAAAUUUUUGUUUCCGUUUUCCAAAAAAAAAUCUUAGUCAAUUCUUCUGUUGCAAAAGUGAGAGUGGGACAUUUUUUUUAAAGGAAACGAGUCUCUUUUAUUAAUUAAUAAUGAGACAAAAGCUCAUAGUACAAGAGAAUUAUACAAUAAGCAAAUAACCUAAGGAUCAACCGUGCACCUACAUAUCUCAACUAGGUUGACGCCUCCACAUCAUAUGCAACAAACUUUGAAAACAUGAUAAUCAAGGCUAACAUAAAGCCUUUACAACAAUGAUUACUAAUACAAGGAAAUCAAACGGGGCAAUCCUUGCUAAAACACUGUCUAAACUACUAAGGGACAAAAACAAAGCAGAACAAAAAGGCCGAUCAACACCAUGCCCAAAUUAAGUUGCGGAAAUAAAAGUUCUCCAAUUCAAUUGAAUUCUGACAUACUGUAACUAUCAAUCUCCUUGGAGAGAAUGCACCACGACGAAACAUUUCUAUUAGCGACUUCAUAACAAUCCAACCAGCCGAGAGAUCUGUCGUGGUCGUGGAAGACCCUUUGAUUCCUUUCAAACCAUAAUUCCUCAGAAAUUUCUUUUAUCGCGUUAAACCAUAGUAAAAGAGAGGUUUUGUUGAAACAUGGACCUCCUAAAAGUUGUACCGUUUCUCUACAUUCGUCACUAAACACCCAAGACAUAUUGAAGACUGAGAAUAAAUUCUCCAACACUUGGCUAAAUACGAGCACAAGAAAAAAAAGAAGAUGAAUUGGGUCUUCUUCAUGUUGAAGGCAAAGCGGGCAAAUGGAUGGAGACAUUCAAAUGGCCAACCAAUAGUACCCAAACAAUAAGUGGGCAGAUUGGGUCGGUUAUGUUGUUAGUAGCUUUCCCUGUACAUAUCUUGGCCUCCUCUUGGGAAAUAAUCCGAAAUCAAUCACUUUAUGGGAUCCUGUGGUGGAUAAAGAAAGAGAGAGAUUAGCCUCUUGGAAGAAAGGUUUCUUUUCCAUUGCAGUGAGACUGUCUCUGAUUAAGUUAAUUUUGAAUGGCACUCCAGUUUACUAUUCUUUAUUUAGGGUCCCAAGUGAGAUUUGUUAGAAUUUAGAGAGGUUAAUGUGUGACUUCCUAUGGGAAGGGAUUGAUGAAAGGAAAGGCAAGCGCUCUCAUCUGAUAAAAUGGCAGAUUAUUGAAAAAAUCAAAUUGAUUCACUUAGGUGGUUUUGGAACUGGGAACUUUAGGCUUUGCAACAAAACCCGCUUAGCUAAAUGGUUAUGGCAUUUUAACUCUGAACUUGACUCUGGCAAAAAAUCAUUGUGAGUAAAUUUGGUCCCCACCCUUUUGAGUUGUUGUCUAAAGGGAUUAGACAUACUUACCGGAAUUUAUCUAAAGACAUUAUGAAGGACCUUCCUAGGUUUGCUCACCCAGUUUGUUGUAUGGUAUGGGAGGGGAGAGAUACCUACUUCAGGGAGGACUUUUGGGUUGGGGAUAGACCUCUUUGUGCUUUUAUUUCCUUGUCUUUACCAUCUUUCCUUCCAUAAAAGUAAUUUCACUGUCGAUCCUUAGUUUGGAAGGGGAGCCCAUUUUCUUUUUCUUUUGUUUUUUGUCGUCCUCUUACCGAUAGGGAAUCAUUAGAUGUGGCUUCUCUUUCUCUCCCUCUGUUAGAGAAUUAUCCUUUUCGCCUUGGUAGAAGGGAUGUGAGAAUUUGGAGUCCUAAUCCUUUGGAUGGUUUCUCCAGUGUUUUGUCCAGACCCUGUUGGAUCCUUCUUCUAGUGAGUCGAUUUGUUCAGUUCUUUGGAGAAUCAAGGUUCCUGGAAAGGUUAGAUUCUUUUCUUGGCAGGUGCUCCAUGGUUGUGGUAUCAAGUUUGAUAGGUUCUCCAGGAUUUUGUCUUAUCUAGUUGGCCUGUUCUGUUGUAUUCUCUGUCUGAAGGUGGGAGAAGAUCUGGAUCAUAUUCUUUGAAAUUGUGACUACGCUUGCAUCAUUUGGGAUUCUCUCUCACAAAUGUUUGGUAGAGUGCUCGUACUAGAGGUGUUAGAGACAUGGUUAAUUAUUACUUUCUCCACCCACCUAUGAAGGAGAGCCAGGAUUCUUUGGAGUGCGAGUACUUGUGCAAUUUUAUGGAGCUUGUGGAGGGAAUGAAACAAUAGAGUUUUUAAGGGCAUGGAGAGGGAUUCUAGAGAUUUUUGGUCGUCGUUCGUCAUUAUGUUUUGCUUUGGGCUUCAAUUUCGAAGCUUUUCUGUAACUACUAUUUGGGUUUGAUUUCUAUUAGUUGGGAUCCUUUCUUGUAAUGGGGUUUUUUCUGGGGUUGGUCUAGGCCGCCCCUGUUCUUGUGCUUUUUCAUUGUUCAUUAGUCUCAAUGAAGCGUUUCUCUUUAUCAAAUAAAAAAAA